GAUCUGUCAAACGAAAUACGUGCGUUUACCAACACAGUAAAAGUUUCUCGAACUUCCGUUUCUUUCUGCCAAAUCGCCUCACGUGCGUCAGCAUCGCUUGGAAAUUAUUCACAAAACUUAUUUUUGCGCAAAUCCAACGUUUAUAUUUUAUCCUUUUACGAUGGGCAAGAAGCAAAAGUUGAAGAAGGCGGCUCAAUUGGCGGCCAAAUUGAAGGGGGAGAUCAAGACUUUGGAUGAGGAGGUGGCAGCCAAAGAAGCAGGAUCUAGGGUAGAAUCAUCAGGAGGAAGUCCUGGCUGCAGUGCCAAGAAGGAGCCCAUCAAAAUGGAUUCCAGGUACCGCAAGAAUCUCAAUAAACUGAUGUCCCUGGCCCAAAAGUUGCCCGUCAAUUUGCUGGCGCACAUGGAAUGUCCGGAGGAGCCCCAAUCCUCCAAGGCCGAGUUCAGUGGCUGCGAUGAAGGGGAAUCCACGGACAGCGAAGACGAAUCCCCCGAUCUGGUGGGAACCCAGGAUUUUCAGGACAAGCUGGAGGAUCUGUCCAAUCUCGGCCAACUGGCCCUGCGAUCCGCCGAUUCUAACAAGCAAUCGCGUGGCGAAAAGAAGGCUCGUCGCCUGCUCAUGAAGCUGGACCUCAAGCCCAUGGAGAAUGUGUACCGGGUGACCAUGAUAAAGAGCAAGAACAUCCUGUUGUACAUCAACCAGCCGGAAGUCUACAAGGUUCCGCACUCGCAGACCAUCAUCUGUUUUGGCCAGAUCCGUGUGGAGGAUCUAACCAACGCAGCCGCCACACAGGCUGCCGAGCGUUACCGCAUCCCAACUGGCGAGGAUUGCAAAAAAGCGGAUGCCACUGUAGCCAACGAUGAUGACGAUGACGACGGGGAGGUGGACGAGGAGGCUGCCAAGGAUCUCGAUGAGAAGGACAUCGAACUGGUGCAGAUGCAGGCUGCCUGCUCGCGGAAGAAGGCCAUGAAGGCACUGCUGAAGCAGGGCAACGAUGUGGUCAACGCCAUCAUGGCCCUGACUGUGGGCUAAUCCAUGUACCAUCCAACGAUUAAUGCACCAUGUAAACAAAAUUUUAAAUACACAAAUUGCACUUAAAAUUCAAUUCUUGAAAUACAACCCUUUCACUUUUGUCUAACUAUGUUUUCUGUGCGCUUAGCUUUUCAUAAUUUAAAUAUUUGUAAACCAAUAUUCCGAAUACUCAAGUACGACUGAGAUAAAAUGCUUAAACUCACCAUAUUGAAAACAAAAAUACACAAACUGUACUUAAAAUUCAUUACAAUACUUA